CUUGGAUAAAAGAACAAAACAAGAAAAAAGAAAGUGUUCUGCCAUGGAGAAAGGAUAAUUAGGCAUUCCAAACAAAUGAAUUGCCAGUGGAAAGGUUUGGUAUAUCUAAGGGUGGCGACAUACGGUGUACUCUAUCUACUUUACGUAAAAUCAUGAAUAAUGGAUUACAUUUAAAUAUUUUAUGUCAAACACAAUACAAAUAAUAUUUAAAAAACCCACCUAAACAUUUCUUUAUAAAUUGGCAGGCUUAGCGACUACCACUUCGAAUAGAAAUAGUGUCCAAGUUGCAAGACUAUGUCGCUACCCCCUUAGAUAUACAAGAAUUUCCCACUGGCACCUAUUGUUUGACAGGUCGUUGGAAUGCCUAAUUGUUCUGCUUCCUCCAUGGUGUUCUGUGAAAGUUUAUUAAACGUCAAAACGUAAUUAACCUAAGAUUUUUGAAAAUGAUAAUAUACCAUAGUUUUGGUAAAUCACUAUAGAGUUAUUAUUUAUUUAUUAAUAUUUGUCACGCAAUGUAAUUAUUUCCUACACUUUAGUAAAAUAUUGAAUAAUUUUUUAACUAUCAUGAACAUAACAAGAAUAGCUAGGGUGGUAAGAACAGGGCUAAAGAGCCCGUCUCUUACCGCUACAUUUAUCAUGCAGUUACCAAAUACAAAUCAGUUAAGCUCCUAUGAUUUAGUCAGAUUAAGUCAUAAUAAUUCAAAGAACAGACCACCUCUCUACAAAACUAAAGAAGCCAAAAAAAUACGUUAUUACAUAGUUGAAAAAUAUGUACAGUAUUUAAAAAAAUUGGAAGUUAUUCUAGAAAAAAGAUUUCCUGGUGCAAUGAAAGUAUAUAAACUAUUUAUGGAAGGUGUUGGAAAAUUUGUCACUGACACUAAAGAUUUUUUUAGAAUUAUUAGAUUACUGAAUACACCAGGAAAAAGUUUUCAUGAUUUACAUAGGACAGAAAUGGAACUGUACAUUCAAAUGCCAAAAGAUAUGCAAAAGGUUGCUCCAACUCUGAUAUUGUCAUCAAUACCUUUUGGGACAGUUAUUUUACCAUUGGCUUACAUGUUUCCUCGUCACCUAUUGUGUUCACAUUUUUGGACAAUACAACAAAAAUCUGAAUUUCAGAUUUUAAACCUUAAAUAUAGACUUGCCCAAAAUAGGCCAAUUUUCAGGCAUUUACAAAUUCAGCUAGAUUUUUUAAAGAGCCACUCUUUAUAUAACCCCUGGAAAGAUAUUCUUGGGAUGUUAGCAAGUGGUCAGCAACCUUCUGUAAGUCAGAUUCUUAAAUGUAAAGACUUAUUUAUGUCUGAGCCCUACCAUCUUUUGUAUUUAAGUAGAAGCCAUGUGGUGCAUCUUUGCAAAUCUCAUGAAAUGAGUGUAGGGUUUUUCUUCAGAAGAGUUCGAUUAUCAGAGAGAGCCUAUAUUUUAAAAGAAAUGGACAAAGCAAUAAUAAGAGAAGGUGGAGUGGAGAAAUUACCAGUUGAUGCUUUGAAAAAAUGCUGUUAUAUUAGAGGUUUGAAUCCCACAAAUUUGAAAAAUGAAGAAAUGACUAGGUACCUCUCAGAUUGGAUCAAGUUAUCUUCUAACAUUAAUAGACAUUGUUAUUCUUUACUCCUUCACGGCCCCAUUUUAUUAGGCUAUAACUUACCAUCGAACUGGUAUUUAAUUUAUGAAGAUAAAAAUUGAUAUGUAUUUUUCGAAAUUUAUGGAAUCUAGUCACUAAUUUUAAAAUUCAGAGGAUAAGACUCAAAGUGAUAAAAAAAUGAAUGUAUUCACAGAAUAGAUGAUGAACAAUACAGAAAAAAAAGGUGCCAAAACCCUGGCCACUGUAGCCAAGCCUUAUGCAUGGUAGAGCAUGGUCAAAGUACAAUAGAAAUAAAUGUAUUUUCACUGUUGUUUCAUGUUCACGUGAAAUUAGUUUGCUGAGCGUACCUCUGUGGUGGAGCUGAAGGACAGAGGUUUCUAUUCCUUCUACUUCAAAGUGCCGACCGUUAUUUUCUUUUCUGUAUUGUUCACCUAUUCUGUGGUAUUGUGAUCUAACGAAUUUGGAGUCGGCAAUUUAUUUAGUUGUGUCUUAGAUUAAUUUUUAAUGAUAAGUAAUCAGGCAGAGUUUAAACUGCACAAUGAAUUUGUUCUCUAUCCUACAACUUAUCUAAAAAAAGGUUUCAAUAAUUUCACUAUUUGUAGGUUUUUCUAAUUAGGUUUUUACAAGCAAUAUUUUUUGACUGAUAAAAAUGACAUAAUUUUAAUAAAUGAUAUCUGCAUGGUUCUUGACUAAAAAACAGUUAAUUUUAACUGCUUGUUAAAAUCAAAUUUUAGUAAAAUGUUAAUAUAUACCGUGUUCCAGAAUGGACUCGCCAAUGACAUUACACAUAUAGAGGGUUAUUCUGUCAAUACAUACAGAUACAGAAAUUUAAAAGAACGAUUAUAUACCUUACAAUGAACUAAAGUAUAAUAGGAACAUGAAUUAAACAGACAGACACAGUACGGUAUAUGUUCUGCUUUUAAAUUUCCCUACCUGAAUUAAUAAUAUAAAGUGACUACAACCAUUCACUUUUACAUAAUCACAGAAUUUCUAUUAUUAUUUUAUUAAGUUGUUUUAUUGUUAUUGAAAUAAAUUAUUUUAUUUUAAUGAA